GUCAUGCCAGAAUUGUCUUGCCCUCACGCUGGAGUGUUCUCUCUCUGGCUUCUUGUGUGUCUUCGCUCCUCUUCUCGGUUCUCGGAAAGCAACCAAAAUGUUGUAUGAGUUUCUAGCAGUCGUGAUUGUCGCAAUGACAGCACUGACAUUUUGGGACGGCGUGCCCGUAGUGACAGUGGAGGAGGGUCAGGUGUCUGGCAUCACCGAGAUCUCCACGAAGGGCAAGGAAUUCUACUCCUAUUAUGGCAUCCCCUUUGCCAGGCCUCCUGUGGGAGAACUCAGACUCAAGGAUCCGGUUAAAGGAGAGAGGUGGGAAGGCGUGCGGGACGGAUCCAGAAAGCCCUCCUCAUGUCUCCUUGUGCCACUGGCUUUCUCCGUCAUGGGCAUUCUCAAAGCCCCAGAGGACAUGUACGGGGACGAAGACUGCCUCUACCUCAACGUUUUCACCCCAAACACACUAAAGCAUAACAAGAAACUCCCAGUGAUGGUGUGGAUCCACGGAGGAUCAUUUAUCUCUGGAAGCAAUCAUGAGUACCUGCCUCAUGUCCUUAUGAACCAUGACAUUGUGCUCGUAGUUUUGCAGUACAGACUUGGUAUCAUGGGAUUCCUGUCCACGGAGGAUGAGGUGAUUCCAGGAAACUUUGGGCUAAAGGACCAGACCCUCGCCCUCCACUGGGUGCAGGACAACAUCCACAACUUCGGAGGCGACGCCGACAGGGUCACCAUCUUUGGGGAGAGUGCUGGGGGCGCCUUCGUCCAUUAUCACAUUUUGUCACCUAAAUCAAAAGGUCUCUUCUCCCGCGCCAUCAUCCAGUCGGGGUCGGCCAUGGCGCCGUAUUCUCACAGGGAAGACCUCAGACUCGUGGCGCAGGAAGUAAGCCAAGCCGUCGGCUGCCCCGAAGGCCCCAGCAGCCAGGACAUCCUCGACUGUCUUCAGCAGGUGGACGGACGCAGAUUAGCCAUUAGGUUCCAGGAUUACUUGAAAUGGUUCGUCUUGCCGCUAGUGACGGUACCUCGUAUUGACGGGGACUUUCUACCGGACCACCCCGCGCGCCUGAUGCGUGACGGGGACUUCAACCAAGUGGACCUCAUGGCUGGAAUCACAAGAGAGGAUGGAGCUUUUGGAACAAACCCAAUGUUAGUUCGAAAGGACCUCUUCCCUGCUUUACAAAACAACUUCAGUAUCUUUGGGCCUCUUACCCUCACGGUCGGACCUGAAGUUGAAGACCCCGUUGCCUUCAGCACCAAGGUCUACCAGCACUACCUGGGGAACCUAACCAUCGACCGCGAUCACAUAGAAGAAAUCACGAAGGUAAACACUUCUGUUCAGUUCUCUGGUCAAUUUCUCAAGUACGCGAAUGCUAAUUUGGUAAAAUUGGACUUCGCACACACCUACACUUUUGCGAUACCACACGACCUGACAACCCUGUACCACGCGCGGGUCCCUGGCCUUCGUACUUACCGCUACGAGCUCAAACAUCGAUCCCAGCUGUCAAUGGGAGAUUACUUCAACACAGAUAAAGGGCGUCACUGGAUUCCUCACGCUGACGACCUGUACUACCUGUUCGCCGGCGGACCGCUCCUCGUCCGCAGCUACUUGCCCGAUCGCCCGCGGGACCUGCAGAACGAGGAGGACCUUCGCCUCAGAGACAUCAUCACGACCAUGUGGACGAACUUCGCAGCCACGGGCAACCCAACCCCCGACGACUCCUUGGGCUUCAAGUGGGAGGCUGCGACCGAGGACGACCUUCACUACCUCGCCCUUAAGCCCUCGCCCACCAUGGAGGCCGACCAGCGACAGGAGGCGCGAGCUUUCCACGCAUCUCUGCCAGUGAGACUGAACCAGAUUCUCUAUCCCGAACGCAUCGUCCCAUUAUGAACUAGCACUUAAGAAAGGCAGGGAGGCGUGGUAAAGGAGUUAGCUAGGAGUGGGUGGGGAGGGCACAAGUUUAUGGCAUAAAUUAUUAUCCUUUUUUUUUUUUUUUUUUUUGAUAGGCUAUGAAUCUGUCUUAUGGUUUCCUGUUCGUCAGAUAGCACAUUUCCAUAACUCGCGUCUAAUUUCCAUUAUUUUUUUUAUAUUUUUGUGAAUGAUAUAUGUUGAAUAAAGGAGUUGAUUAAUGGACGCGAUAGUCUUGCAACUGCUGUGAAC